AGGCUUUUUCUCCUUGCCGUGUUUGCCCGGAAAGCUUGACGCGCUUCUGCGGUGUUUUCCUCUUGUCCUCUUCAUACCCGGCCUGCACUGCGGCUCGAACGCCCCACCAUCCUCAAAAGGCAAAGAGAAAAACAAGAAAACGAACGUUGUCGAAUAACGAAGGCAAAGUAAACGAAUCUCGUGUAAAGCGUUAUAUAUAUAAACUCUAUUUGUUUUCUUUCUUUCUCUUUGUAUGUGCGACUGCACGUGUAAUACAUCAUGAAUGGUUCUUUCUCUCCCAAGAAGAACUCCUCACUUAGGCGAGCAUCGCAGCCGCCCCUCUGUGAAGGAUGGCUAGAGAAGUACGCGCUGUGUCGUGGCAUGUUCAUCGCCAAGGGCUGGCAUCGCCGCUAUGUGUUUAUCACCAACGACGGCAUUGGGUUCUGUCACACCAACCCGCGUGAAAAGGGGGUCUAUCCAGCCAACCGUCCGCUGAGGGCCUCGCUCGCCAAGACGUUCAUCCCGUUUACACGGCGGCGACGUGGGGAGCUGGAGCUGGAGCCCGUCUACUUCAUCGGGGACGUGAGCGCGGCGCGGCACCCGGCCGUCCCGCAGCACAGCCACAACGGCAUUUGCAGCGAGGUCGUCUCCUCCAGCGACGGAGGAAGCCUCAACGGGCUCGCAAAAGACUUGAAGAACACCGACGGGGCAGCGGCAAGCCACAGCUGCACCUACUACUACUUCGGACUCAGUUUUGAGGAGCACCGCAGACGUUAUCUGCUGCUGCUGCGCACCGACUCACCACAGGCGUACAUGAAGUGGACGAUUGUGCUACCGCUGUUUGUGAAUGAGGGGAGCGCGACGCGGCUGGUGCCGGCCGGACACCCCCUCGAGGCCGGGCGACCACCCCCGCUCGAUGUCAACUACCGCCGUCUGACAGACAAGAAGAAGUCGACGCUGCCGAACAGCGUUGGCUUUUACUUUGACCCCGACCCGUGCACCGCGGAGGAGUACGAGAAGGUGUGCCGUAUGUGCCUCGACUGGGAUGAGGGGGAGCGAGAGCACCUCUUCCAGUGGGCCGCGAACCGUAUCCAGUGCAUGUGCAAACAGUCCGACGACAGCGCGACGGACGCGUUAACGACGCUGCAGGAGCAGACCGAAGAGGAGCAUCGCCGCGAUGUCGGGCAUCAGUUCGAUGUCCUGGGCCCUGCGGUGCUGUCCUACGAGACGCACCACUCGCCCCAUUCGAAUGAGCACCCGCUGGAGGACUCCAUACUUCAUUCCGUGACGCGGAACACGAGCCGGCUCAUGGAGGCGGUGGAUAUCAUGGCCGAUGACGUGAGUGGGGCGAACCAUUCGAAGCAGCUUUCGCACACCUUUGCCCCGAAUCCGAACUUGGCGGUUCCGCUGCGGAAAAACAUCCAACCGCGUCCCGCCAAAAGCGGCCCCUACUCGGAGAUCUCCGCCCAUGGGGCGACGGUGUAA